AUGGCUACAAUUGCGAGAAAGAAAACUUGGAGACCAACAUCCCAAACUAGCAGUCUUACUUGCCGAAUUCGCCGUGUCAAAUGUGCAGAAGAGAGACCGGCGUGCCUUCGAUGCUCGAAGACUGGACGUAAAUGCGAUGGCUAUGAUUCUGAUGGUCCAGAGAUGUCGAGUUCCCCACCUACACGAAGGGAUAGUGAGGCUUCUUCGUCGACUGAUAGUUCCAUCGUGAGUCUUACCACAAGCAUAGUCGAAAUGCCUUCUCCGGUCAUUGAAUGGGAUGAAGAAGAGCGAAGAAGCGUCAAUUUUUUCAUCACCAAGACAGCACCGAAAUUAGCGGGUAAUCUUGAAUCUAAAUUCUAG